ACCCCCUCCAUCACUCGGCUUGCUCUCAGAAGCGCGAGCCGCCCCCUCGCGCUGAGAGGUCAGGAGCAACGAUUCCAUCAGCAUGUCCGUCCGGAGGCUCAGGAGCGACCCGAAAACACUGGGGGACGUGAAUUUGGUGACAGAGGAGCUGAAGAAUCUUUACUUCAAGAGGCUGCUGCCCAUCGAGAAACACUCUUCUUUCCAUCACUUCCAUUCUCCGCGCUACGAGGACGCGGAGUUCGACAACCAACCCAUGGUCUUGGUGAUAGGUCAGUACUCGACGGGAAAGACCACCUUUGUCAGAUAUCUCAUCGAAGAAGAUUUCCCUGGUGGCAGAGUUGGGCCCGAGCCAACCACCGACUGCUUCACCGCCCUCAUGCACGGAGAGGCGGAGGGGGUCAUCCCCGGCAACGCCCUCACAGUGGACCCCAAAAAGCCCUUUCGCCACCUGGACCCAUUCGGAAACGCUUUUCUGAACAGGUUUCAGUGCGUCCAGAUGCCAAAUAAAGUCCUCGAGAGCAUCAGCAUCAUCGACACCCCGGGCAUCCUGACCGCUGCUAAAGGAAAACUGAGCCGCGGCUACGACUUCCCGGCCGUGCUGCGCUGGUUCGCCGAGCGCGCGGAUCGGAUCAUCCUGCUGUUCGACGCGCACAAGCUGGAGUUCUCCGACGAGCUCACCCGGGCCUUCGGGGCCCUGUGCGGCCACGAGGACAAGCUGCGCGUGGUCCUCAACAAAGCCGACAGGGUGGACUCGCAGCAGCUGAUGAGGGUGUACGGCGCCCUCAUGUGGUCGCUGGGUAAAGUGUUUCGGACCCCCGAGAUCCUGCGGGUUCACGUGGGAUCUUUCUGGUCGGAGCCCAGGCAGCCGUGUGACCACUACCAGCUGUUAGAGCUGGAGGAGGAGGAUCUUUUGGCCGACAUUAGGAACCUGCCCCGGAACGCUGCCGUACGCAAGCUGAACGACUUGGUGAAAAGGGCUCGCUUGGUGAGGGCACAUGCUCACGUCAUCAGCUACCUGAAAAAGGAGAUGCCGACAGUUUUUUGCAAAGAGAGCAAGAAGCACAACCUGAUCUACCAACUUCCGCUGAUUUUCACCAAGAUCCAGCAGCGGCAUCGAGUCCCAGCCGGGGACUUCCCCGACUGCACCAAGAUGCAGGAAAAACUUUUGGGUCAAGAUUUCUCCAGGUUCAAGACACUGAAACCCAGUCUGAUGGCUUCCUUGGAUAAACUCCUGACCAGUGACAUCGCAGACCUGGUGCCCUUGAUUCAACAACAAGAACCGAGAAAGACAUCCCUCCCCGGCGUGCUGGACGGCGAGUUUUUGGGAACGUUCAGGCCCGAGCAUUACAAGAAAGAUUUGUUCAAGGAACUCCAAAAAGCCGGCGGGAGCGCCGAGAGCGAUUUUGUCGAGUGGGCCGUGGCGAAACACAAGCCAAAGUACGAUGAGAUUUUCUUCAACCUGAGUCCAAACGGGGGCAGACUGAGCGCCAGCAAAGUCAAAGAGUGGAUGAAGACCACCCUCCUACCCAACUCCGUGCUCGCUCAUGUGUGGAGGCUGUCUGAUGUGGACGGGGACGGCGCGCUGGACAACGAGGAGUUCGCCCUGGCGGUCCAUCUCAUUGAGGGAAAGCUGGAGGGCCACUGGCUGCCCCGAGAGCUGCCGUCGCACCUGGUGCCACCGUCCAAGCGGCCGCGCUCGGCCGGCGAGGACGAGUGAGACGGGGGGGACACUGCGAAAGGGAGCCUCGGCCUAGUUACAGCGUAUAUAAUAUUCAACCUUAUAAUGUGUUUGUAUGAACCAUCUAGGCCCUAAACCUAAAGAUUGCUUUCAUGGUUUGGAUCUUUUCAUCUACGGUCACUCAAAUAUCCACCGAAAUGAUUGAAAUCCACCAGCAAUGGCUGUCAAUGAGAUGUCGUUUCACUCAUAAGGAUGAUGCGUUUGUUUUGAGUUACACGCAAAAGUUGCUCAUAAUCUCCUGUAAUUUUGGGAUCUAUUAUUUUUAUUGAUGGUAAUAAACUUGAGGACUUUGCCAGUAUGGUUCAUCGCAUCGACAUCGCCAUCAUGCAGCGGGGGUGGUGAUGAGGUCCCGGUUGGUACUCACGCAGGUGGCAGAAGCGUCCGUAGAGUCCCGGGGAGCACAGGCA